AGGCAGAGGAAAUAGACUUCACUGGGGCGUGGUUGUUCGCAAUCCCUGCAUCUGUCACCUGGGGUCAAGGCUUGGCUCUUGCCCUACAGACCCUCAGGAUGACUCGGCCUCAGCGCAACUAUGAACUUGGAGCUGGUGUCCAACGAGGAGAAGCUGAAUCUGUGCCGGAAGUACUACCUGGGUGGGUUUGCUUUCCUGCCUUUUCUCUGGUUGGUCAACAUCUUCUGGUUCUUUCGAGAGGCCUUCCUAGUCCCGGCAUAUACAGAGCAGAGCCAAAUUAAAGGCUAUGUCUGGCGCUCAGCUGUGGGCUUCCUCUUCUGGGUGAUUGUACUCACCACUGGGAUCACCAUCUUCCAGAUCUACCGGCCCUGUUGGGGUGCCCUUGGUGACUAUCUCUCCUUCAUCAUACCCCUGGAAACCCCCUGA